CAUGAACAAAGGACUGUGGGGCUGAAAAAAACUUUGGUAUUUCAUAGUGGGAGGGCUCCAGAUGGUAAGCGUACCAAUUGGGUUAUGCAUGAGUACAGGCUUGUUGAUGAAGAGCUGGAAAGAGCUGGAAUUGGGUCCACCCAGGUGAGAUCAUAGUUAAAUUUACUUAAUGUUGUUGUCCCGAGAAUAAAAAUGUAGAAAAUGAAGCUUGAGAUGAGAGCUUAAACUGCUUAAAUUAUGCCCUCCUUUUCCUUAGUAGCUGGAAAGGGGUCUCCUCAUUUGAACCAAUUAUUUCAUUUUGGUAAAAUAAGGAGCUUAGUGUUUGGGUUCCCUAACUGUGGAACUCUUGGAUGCAGAAGUUUGAAGUUAUUUCUUAUUCAGUUAUCUUCCGAGCAAGCAGCACUGUAUUGUUUUGUUUCGGAAAAUAUGGUGCAUGGACGUUGUUAUUAUAUCUCAAUCAUAGUUUCACCUCUUGUUUUUAACUCAUUUCUCUGCUGGGUGGAAAAGGAUGCAUACGUUUUGUGUAGAGUAUUUCACAAAAAUAACAUAGGACCUCCAAAUGGUCAACGUUAUGCACCUUUCAUUGAGGAAGAAUGGGAUGAUUCAUCAGCACUGAUUCCAGGGGCAGAGCCUGUUAAUGAAGCUACAGCCAUCCGUCGUCCACUCAUUGAAGGCAAUGGUCAUGUUGGCUGUUUUGAAGGAACUAAUGGUGUCCAGGAUACCCAAUCCAUCAAUAAAGCUCCUCUUGAUGUGAAUAAGCUACCAAUUGAAACUCAAAAUCUGCUAGCUGUCUGCAAGAGGGAGAGCAUGGCUGAGUAUCCGUCACCCGAAAGGGAUAAUUCUAAAACUAUGGAUGAGUACCCAUCACCACAAACCGAUAAUCCGAAGCCAUUCUCGCUAAUAUACAAAAGAAGGCGGCAUAAUUUGAACACUAGUCAUUCAAAUGCUCCUGAGCAUUCAGCCCGUAACAGCCAGGAUCCAUGUUCAUCGAUAAUAACAACCGCAGCAACAACACUUCCAGCUACAACCACCACAACAACUGCCAGUGCUUCGACGAGAAAACAUUUCUUGUCUGCGUUGGUGGAGUUCUCUCUACUUGAAUCUCUUGAACCCAAGGAAAGUCCUUCGACUCGCGUGCCACAAUUUGACCCCUCUACUCUUGACGCUCCUGUGCCUCCUAGCUGCUUGAAAUUCAUCCAACAGUUGCAGGAUGAGGUUCGUAAACUCUCGGUUGAGAGGGAGACAAUGAAAUUUGAGAUUAUGAGUGCUCAGGCCAUGAUAAACAUCCUGCAAUCGCGUAUCGAUGCGCUGAACAAAGAGAAUGAGGAGUUGAAGAGAGGCAAUUAGAGAAUGCUUAGGAACUGGUUGUGUACAUGUGCAAUCUUGUUCUUGCUAUUGUACCAAUUUCAGCACAGCAAUAGUGCUUCUUCCAGUUCAUGUAUUAUUUUUCAAGAGUUAGUGGUAACAGGGGAGGUGAGUAAUCUGUUAGUAAGGAAGGGACUCUAUAAACGUGGGGGAAGUAUAUUUGUGUAUAAUGUGAGAAAUGGAUUUAAUAUAGUUUUAUAGUCUAAAAACUCAUGUAUCAAAUGAUAUCAGAGCCAAUUCACACUAUUUGAUGCAUGGUAAAGGUAUUUAUCAGGAAUAUUCGAUAUGAGUAUCAAAUGAUGUAAAUUGGCUCUAAUAUUGAUUGGUACAUGAGCAUGAGUAUUUAGACUAUAGGACAAUAUAUAGAAUCCAUUUCUAACAUGUUACACCAAUAUGAUUCCUUAUUUAUAGAGUUCAUUUUUCACUAUCAGAUUACUAACUUGUUAAUCUUCCCUGUAGCAAUUAGGAUCUGUUGUAGUUUUCAACUUAAACUAGAUUUCCCAAGAGACUUGAACUUUUUAUUUGCAUUGUGUAAUCUGUAAGGCUUUUAGUUGCCCAUUGUUGUGAGAAUGGUAAUCUGGACUUCCUUC